AUUUGAAUACAAAGAAGUGUAAUUGAAAUAAAUUUCCACGUGGAAAUUACGAGGAAUUCAUCUAGGAAUUUACGAUCCAGAAGAAAUCAGGGAAUUUAUUUAAUCAACAUUAUUAAUAAACUCUAAUUGAAAUUUAUCGAGAAAAUAAACGCAAGCAAAAGUCCAUUUUGUUAUUAUUUAUUUGUUUAGUUCGGGAGUUAAUUAAGGACUUGAAUAAUUGAUUUCAAGGGAUUGGGGAUUAAUUAGAAGGGAUAAUUGAAGUGGAGAAUUUAUUCUAUGAAGUGUGAGAACUGGAAAAGGUGAUGUCAGUGAUGAUUGCAGUGAAAUUUAUCACUGGAUGUGACUCAUCUUUUAUUUGGUGAGAGAAAAACGAUGGAAUUCUCACUCUAAAGUCAGAAAGAGAAUGAUAAAGAUGAUCAGCAUCUCCUGUGGAACUCUUGGUCUUGCUCUAGUGUUUCUUCUGGUUGUGAUAUUCACGUUGAGUGAAGCUGCGAGGUACAGACUGAAAUUUAUAAUAUUUCUUCUGGGUUGUGCCUUUGCCACCACCUGGCCACUGCCUUUCAUGUUCCUGCGUCCCCGAGAUUGGAGAAAUGCUCUAAUUCCAGCCUGGCAAUUGCGGAAAAUUCUGAACCUCCUGGGUCUGAGGUUCGUCGUUCAGGGACAGGAGAAUGUCGUGAAAAAAUCUGGGGCUGUUAUCGUUAUAAACCACCAGAGCGGUUUAGACCUUGGAGUUUUAGCUGAGCUGUGGCCAGUGAUUGACAACUGCACAGUAGUCGCCAAAAGGGAGAUCCUCUGGUUCUCGGGGCUUUUUGGUUUGGCUGCCUACAUGUGGGGGACGAUAUUUAUCAAUCGUGGAAGAGGAACCAAUGCACAGGACGCGUUGAAUUCAACGGUUGAGGUAAUCAAGGGGAAGAAAUCCAAACUCAUGCUGUUUCCGGAGGGGACGAGACACUCUGACAGUAUUUUAAAGCCUUUUAAAAAAGGCGCCUUCCACGUGGCCAUCGCUGCGCAAACGCCAAUUCAACCUGUUGUAGUUUCAAAAUAUUAUUUCAUCAACGAUCGACGAAAAAAAUUCGGCUCUGGGACCAGUUAUAUUAGGAUUCUUCCACCGAUAUCAACUGAAGGAAUGAAAAAAGAGAAUCUGGAGGAGAUCAUGAAUAAGACUUGGGAAAUAAUGAAUUCAGAGUUUCAGAAGAUCAACGGUGAAGUGAUGAGGGAAAUUGACAGGAAAAAAAUGGAAUGAAACGUGUACUUUCCCGUUUUCAUUGAUCAAUUGUUUGUACGUCGAAUAAAGAAUUAAGUUAUUGAAUUAAGAUUCGGUGAGGAGAUAAUUGGAGAUUUGAGGAGUGCAAAAUGAAAUGAUUAUUGGAUUUUUCGGUUAUCGCGUAAUUAAAUGAAUUGUGAUGUGUUUUGUA